UUGAGGUGGCUGAACAGGAAACAACUUCAGAAAAAAACAAGUGGGAGAAAGAGCUUCAGAAAAAGGAGGAGGAGAUAAGAUAUAUCACUGUGGAGAAAGAUAAUUUGAAGACAAAACUGAACGAAAAGGAACAGGAACUGAGGAAAAUCACGGAGGAAAUGAUGAAUCUGGAGGAACGAAAUGCUACACUUGUGACCGACAAUUUCUGCCUUGCAUCAUCGGUGAAGGAGUUAGAGAUAAAAUUGAAGGAAUUGGAGCAAAUGUUGAGCCAAAAGACUCACACCUCAACAGCAGCUCAGCAGCACAGCUCCCCACCACCUACCUCUGCAGAAGAAAAAAAUGAAUCAAAUGGAGCUGCAUCUAAGGCUGCUGAAAACGCAGAAAAUAAAGAUCAAUCGACUGUUGAGGAAGCUCAGUCCCAUGGCAUCUGCACAGUCGAAGAAUGUGCAGCAGCAGCAGCAGCUCAAUCUCCACCUCACUGCACAGUGCAAGAAGAAACUCAAUCGACAACUCCAUCGCAAAAGGACUCACUGUUCCAGAGCCCCACAGUCUGCAUGCUCACAGUCGAAGAAAUGGAAAAACAAGCUGACAUGUUUCAGAUAGUAAAAAGUCCUGUAGCUGCGCGUGGCCUUCCACUUUGUACGUUGAGCCCAGAGAAAGAGGAGAAGACACCAGAGGAGAACAAAACAGGAGAGUUAACAAUGCGCCUUACAGAGCAACAUUCUGGUGAAACUGUAUCAUCAAUGGGUCUCUACUCUUACGUUGUGAGAUUAAAGAAUAGGAGAAGAAUACAGAAAAAGGACAACAUUUACUGGUGGGGGGAUGUGAAAGCAAAACGAAAGAAGAAAGCAAAGGAGAUUGAACAGAGAUUGAAAGAGGCUGAAAAGAAAGAAAAAGAAGAAAAAGAAAAUGAGAUGAAGGCCUCACUGCCAGAUGCUGAACGUAAAAGGCUAGAACAGAUGGUAGCACAACAGAAGUUGGACGAUGUACCAGAGGAUGUUCGGGAAGCAAUAAGACAGAUGGACGCUGCAGAAAAUGCACAAAUCAAUAAAGAGCAAGAAGAGAAGCAGCUACCUCCUGAGGUCGUAGACUGGGAGGAGAGCAAAGUAUACAAAUUUAUGGACCAGGACACCAAGAGGAGAGUCCAGAAAUACUGGCAAAAUGCACCAUCAGGAGUAUACUUCUGGGAUGGAAGACAGUAUGGAGCACAAGUUUCAAGACAGGAUUUAAAAGACAUGAUCAUGGACGAACCGAUAGCAAGCAAUUGCAUCGAAUGUUAUGGAAUUCUCUUGACUGAUCAGCUGUUGGAGAAAGAAUCACAAGGAUUGGAUGUCCCAACUUUUAUGAAUCCCUUGUGCUGGAAUUCUGCAGAAAAUUUGACGGUGUAUUAUGUACAUCUGUACCUAUGCGAACCACUGUUCCAGAAUCUGGCAAGAUCCAACUAUAUAUUGUUCCCAAUCUCACAUGAAUCAGGAUUUCAUCAUACACUGCUCAUUUUUGACAAGGAAUUAAAGAACUGGUACCACUGUGAUUCAAAAAGACCGAAAAAAUCAUCAACUGGAAAAUCCUUUAAAAAUGUACAAAAAAUGGUUGACAUGGUAGAACUUUGGAUGACAGCAGUAAAAGAACAAGCCGAUGACAUGCUGGAACAGGGAUGCAGAAUGAAAUUUGAUGAAAAGAACAGUUCAGAAGAAGAACUGAAAAUGAUGGAAGUUCCAUUGACUGAAACCGAGAGAGAAAGCAUAAAGUGGAUCAAGAAUAACUAUAAAACAAAAAUGGCAGUGACAGAACUCAAAGACAGCCCUCAGCAAGGAGAAGAUUCAUUGGAUUGCGGACUUUUUGUAAUGUACACAAUGGAGACGUACAAUUUCGAAAAAAGGGAGAGUUCCAAAGAAGCUCACAAAGGAUGA